UUGCUACGAUGAGCGAAAAUAUGUUUCCGAAUUUUCAAGGUGAGACAUUUUUUUCCAUAUUUGCUAUAUAUUUCCCGGCUGCAACAGGAAUAAUGGCAGGUGCAAAUAUUAGCGGUGAUUUAGCGGAUCCUCAGCAUGCUAUACCAAAAGGUACAUUAUUAGCAAUAGCGGUAACAACGGUGAUAUAUUUAUUGGUUGUAUUUGCAACCGGGUCAACCUGUGUACGAUAUUCUGACGGUUAUCAACAGCCAUAUUUCAUCAACAAUUCCUAUUUCAUUCCCGAUUGUGCGCAUAAUAAUUCAUGUCCAUACGGUUUAAUGACUUCUUUUAAGGUAAUGGAAAAUGAAAGUUUUUAUGGACCAAUAAUUAUAGCUGGUAUUUUUGCUGCAACAUUAAGCUCAGCUCUAGCUAGCCUUGUUAGUGCACCAAAAAUUUUUCAGGCCGUAUGCAAAGAUCGUCUAUUCCCGAAGGUGGAUUUCUUUGCACGAGGUUAUGGGAAGGAUGAAGAACCACGUCGAGCCUAUGCACUUGGCUUUGUAAUCGCUUUGGCGGUAAUUCUAAUCGGAGAAUUGAAUGCAAUAGCACCGAUAAUUUCAAACUUUUUCUUGGCUUCCUACGCACUCGUUAAUUAUUCGUGUUUCGAUGCUUCAUUUGCAGAUUCACCAGGUUUUCGGCCCGCUUUUAAAUAUUACAAUAUGUGGGUGUCAUUAAGCGGUGCAUUGCUAUGUAUCAGUGUUAUGUUUAUUAUUUCAUGGUGGACUGCAUUGCUCACAUUCUUUUUUUUUGCAGUGCUAUUUUUGUAUAUAUUAUAUCGUAAACCUGAUGUUAAUUGGGGAUCAUCCACACAAGCUCAUACUUAUAAGAAUGCACUGCAAGCUAUGCAAAAAUUAUCCAAUACCGAAGAGCAUGUAAAAAAUUACCGACCGCAAAUACUGUUGUUAGCCGGUAAUCCGGCAGCGCGACCAUCACUUGUUGAUUUUGCUUAUAAUAUUACAAAAGGAUCAAGUCUGAUGAUAUGUGGUUUCGUGGUACCGUAUGAGCCGUGUGAUCGAGUGUUUGCGCUGCUUCGAAAAUUGGAUGUUCAAAUGAACGAAUGGUUGAGAAAGCGUCACGUAAAAUCGUUUUACGUUUCCGUAGCUAGUCCUAGCUUACGUACUGGUGCCCAAACGCUACUUCAAGUUACCGGUCUUGGAAAAUUGAAACCAAAUAUUUUGAUCAUUGGUUUUAAAAAAAAUUGGGCAGAACGUGGUGUGGAAGGAUUGGGUGAAAUUAAUGAUUAUUUUGGAGUCAUUCAAGAUGCUUUCGAAAGUCGAAUGGGAGUAGCGGUGCUGCGAAAUUCUCGAAGUGGUCUUGAUUACAGUGAACUGAUGAAACGGCAUAAUGUAGGUGAUACGGCACGACUUAAUUUACCGGAUAUUACGCAAUCUUCAAAUUCGACAAAAACAGACAGUGGAACAACCAAUCUUGAUAUGCAAGAAACGAAAUUGACAGAAAACGAUGCUAAGAUUACUGAAAAAAAAGCCGAAAAUAAUUUACGACAAAAUAUGGACAAUGAUCAAGAACAAAAUGAUAAUGGAUCGAUGCGAUUGCAUCGACAAAAAGCUAUUGAUAUAGGAAGUAGCGGUCAAAAAAUCACAGCGGUCAGUACCGCUAAUUUGGAUACAUUCGCAGCUACAGCAAAUACAGGCGAUGCUUUGAAUGUAGAACAUUUUGAUUCCAUUAAUGAAUCACUACUUUUUGGCAAUAUUCUGCAUCUUGCGGCGACAGGUUCAUAUCUGGCCAAUUGUCCAUUGGAAUGUUUUGAUGAGGAAAAAAAUGAAGCUGAAAUGAAUGGUGCUAUUGUGGGAAAUGCUAAUGGUGAUUUGGAAGAGGAUUGUGAUGAAUAUGCGGAUGAGAAAACACGACUAACAAAAGGUAGCAAUGAUGAUAAGCAGAUAUUAACACACGAGCAGAAGCUUCGAAAUCAUCGUUAUCGUCAUAUUGCUAUCAUUAAUCGUAAUAACAGUAAUAGUGUCGAUGGUGCUAAUAUUGAUGAUGUUAAUAAUGUAAUUGAUAAGGAUAAGGUACUUGAAAUACCUGAAGCACUCAGGCGACAUUCGUUACAUGACAGUUUUCGACGAUCACAUCGUCCAACGGCAGCACAACGUGAACUCGUCGCAUCAAUUUGUCGUUUUCAUCGUAAAAUCAAAGGUGCAGUAAUUGAUGUUUGGUGGUUAUAUGAUGAUGGUGGCUUAACUCUUCUCAUUCCACACCUAUUAACAUUACC